UUUUAAUCAUAAACUUAACUAAAAAUAGUGAUUAAUGAUUAUCUUUGUUUUGUACUAUUGUAGGCCCCUCCUCGCCAAAAAAAAAAGAGGCCGUACUCAAAUGCCAAGUGUUCAUAGUAGAAAGGAGUGUAAAAUAGUCAUUCUAAAUGAGUAUAAUCAACCCGUUGGUCCUACUAAAGAGGUUGUAAAAGAGCUGGGUAGCUUCCUCGGCACAUUGGCAAGGAGUGGAACUUUUUGUCCUCUUAAUGUAUUUAAUUGGAGGAAACUAGACACAAAAGAUGAUAUGUGAAAAUAUAUCACGGAAAAAUAUGACAUUCCUGACGAGGCGAAACCAUGGGUUUUUGAAUCAGUUUGUAGUGCUUGGAGAAAGUAUAAGAGUCAAUUGAAGGCAACCCACUUCACAGUCUAUGAGAAUGAUGAGCUUCGAAUGGAGAAUAGGCCAGUAGAUGUUCCGGAAUCUCGCUUUAAGGAUCUUCUUAAAUAUUGGAACUCUGAUCCACACAAGAAAAUGUCUGAAACCAAUACUGAGAAUCGAAAUAAGUUGAAGUGCCCGCACACUGCUGGCAGAACACCUUUUGCUCUAAUUCGUGAGGCAAAAAAGAAGGAAAUGUCUGGUACUUCAGAUACCUUGUCAAGUAAGGACAUCUUUGUGGCUACAAGACAAAGAAAACUUGGCCGAGUAUACAAAAGCUCAUAUGACAAUACGAUUAGUAAAAUUGCUGAAAUGGAGAGACUACAAUCAAUUGAAGAAAGUGAAGGUGGCAGCCAUUCAGUUGACGCUUUUGAAUCAGUCAUGGGACCUGAACAUCCAGGUCGCAUGAGAUUGUAUGGACGAGGGGUAACCAAGACUGUCUUGAAAGGGAAAAUAGGGAAUCUUGGAUCUUCUUCUGAUGCUGCUGAUGAGAGGAAGCAACACAAAAUGGAGGAAAUGGAAGAGCGGAUGCAACAAAGAAUGCUGGAAAAGUUGAACGAACAAAAGGAUGCUAUGGAACAACAUAUUACAAUGAACGUCGUCGCACGACUUCAGCGUCUGAACCCAGAAUUGCGUCUUGAUCCUGACAUGCUAAGGUUCGUAGAAGCUUCCUCAGCACAACAAGUUGCUGUUCAACUAAACAAUCGACCAUCUGCUGGUAGUAACAAUCAAGGUGGAGUAGAUCAAGGAAUGGAAGAAGAUGAUGAAUGUGAAGAACUAGACCUUACUUGAGAUGAACUUUGAAUGGCUAUAGAUGAAUGUUCAAUAGGAAUCUUUUGUUAUCCAACAUUUUUGAAACUUAUUCUCUUGAAAUGUAUUAAACUUAUGAAAUUGGGGAAGAACAUUUGCUUUAUGGAUAAUUUAUAUUGUUAAUAGUUUCAUUUUAUUA